AUGCCGUUGUUGCCACCUGGUAUGAUCUUGGUAUCGAAGAAGAGGUCCCCUACCAAUUUGAUCAACAAUAUCAACAGUGUUAGUGAGUGCGUAUUCCAGAUACUCAACUACUUCCUGGACGAUCUCUGGGAGCAAGUCGGGACCUGUGAGAAGCAGCUGGUAUCCACUGGCGAAACCGACUGCACCAAUCAGCUGAUGACACAGUUAACUGCAGCACUCGCGGAACUGCACGCCAUCCUCGCCUGUCGGGGUUCCACUGACCGGAAAGUUCUUGCAGCUUUAUCAGCAUGCAUCGGAUACGUUUACAGCUUCAGAUACGUGCUUAACUACGUGCGGAGAACGUGUGGCGGCUCCAAUAACGCGGCUUCGACUUCUCGGGCUACGAGUUCUCGGGCUACGAGUUCUCGGGCUACGACUUCUCCGGCUACGACUUCUCGGGCUACGACUUCUCGGGCUACGACUUCUCGGGCAGCUUCCCCUCGUGGGAAGACGUUCAAGGGGAAGUGCCGCCGCAACGGCGGUGCUGCUGCUGGCGGGCCGCCGGAAGGACCGCGUAAAAAGCCCCCGGUUCGUGUCUCGGGUGCUUUCGACGCGGCUCUGACGUGCUUGCCCGAUUGUCCUCAAGUCGACCGGCUGCUUGCGGAGGAGUGGAUAUGGCAAAGCAUCUUUGCCGACCCGCUUGGCGGCGCGGGUCUUGAAGCACUGCGACGCCUCUACCUCCAGACGUCCUUCACGGCUUCCAGCCACGAUGGUCUUCUGGAUUCCAUUCGGAGAGUCGGCUUGCGCAGCAUCGCCCAAGGCGAUGUCAACUUCGUCGAUAUCCGAGAACUGCCGCUACAAGACAAUCGGAUUCAUCUGAGAGGCGGCUCCCAUUACUUAACGCUCAAUGCAUCGUUGGCUUCCGAGUUGUCCCGCAUCUGCCUCUUUACGGGUGAACUAAAACACGCCCAGCAACAUCCACCGAGCCAACACCCGCCGAGCCAGGUUGGACCUCGAGCGCGCGAAGGCAAUGGCUCCGCUGGAGAACUUCCUACAGGGAGUGGGUCUACAGGGAGUGAGCCCACGGGGGGUGAGCCUACAGGGGGUGAUGCCAUAGGGGGGUUGUGGCCCUUGAUAUACCUGUGGAUCUUGUUUCGUCAAAUUGAUGGUGUGGGUGUGUAUGAUAUGAGUAUGGAAAGCGUAAUGUUGUUCUUAGCAAGUACCAUCAAGGCGUUGGAUGAGCCUCCUACACCAGCGGAGACGUUCCGUUGUAGGUUGCGGGGAGCCGUGCCAGCAUCUGACCACAAAUUUGACCGUCGUUGGAACCUGGUGUGCUCGUCUGCGCACCAUUGUCCCGGGGAACUGGAUACUCCUGCUCACUGCAGUUAUGCGCGUUCUUUAGUAGAGUUCAUUCAUCUUGUCGUCGCCAAUGUGGACACAGAUUUGGUUGGCUCCAAAAUCAACCAGGUGUGCGCAAACUUGGAUGCGCUCUGUCAAAGACCUCUCCACGACAGCGACCAAAUGGCGGAUUCUCGAAGCCACUCGUCAUCGUCAGAAGGCACCGGGCUUCGCUCUCAUGGCGACUCUUCUCCUUCGCGAUCCAAGCAGGGCGAUACCACCCCUUCCUCGCGCGACACGUCUACUAGAGACGAUUCCUCGAAAGACACUUCAUCCAAAGAUACUUCCUCAAAGGAAUCCGGGAAGGGCUGUCUAGGACGCAGCUGUCUAGGACGGAGCGGAACGGGAUAUGCCGACCUGCGACUUACCGACAUAGAGCUUGCCGAUGUCGGACUCGCUGACAUAAAUCUCGUCGAUCUAGGAGUAGAGGUUGAACCUGUCCCACAGCCCAUAAAAAUGGAGACUACGGACGAGCAUGACGACGCACAGCACCAUGACCGUGUAACUGCCGACCCUAUGACUUCGCCUGCUGACGAUUUCACGGUCCAGGAACAAUCAGCAACCCACCUUAACCAAAUCGGUUAUACAGUGCAGAAUAAAGCCAUCCAGGUUUACAGGGAGGAAGAUUGUGAGAAGCGGGAGCAGCAACGUGGGAAGGAUGAGGAAGGCGAACAAAUGGAGGAUGAAGAGUCGUUGACUGUGGAGCUCAAGGAAGAUGAGGACUUACUAUUUUUUACGAUCCUUCCUUGUUUACUUUGUGCAUGCAUGAGCAGUGCGGUAACAAGUGAGAAGAACGACAGCAAGAAACAGAAGCGAUUGGCGCUGGGUGUUUGUCUUCGACGCUUGUUGCGCACUAUGGCUCAGCAUGGUGCUGAAUCACCUAGUUUAUUGUAUUGCUCGUUAAACGGUAUUUACUAUCUGAUCCAAAAUGACUACCUGUUAGAGGACCUGGUCGUGGAUCGGCCAAACCACCUUUCGCGCGACCUGGUUUGUAGUUGUUACGUCGACCUGACAGAAGGAGCUUUGUCCCGAGGAUCAUUGUCUACACGAACGUCGACGUCGCGCGGCCUUUCGUCCCGCGUGAACAAGCGCAAGAGGGUUCGUCACGAAGAGAUUUUGUCCCGCGACUCGGGCGUCGGCAUGACGCCUGUCGUCGACGGCGUCAAGCACAAGGGCAUGACCAACCGGAAUACAAGAGGAGUGGGCCACAAGGAGGCAAGCCACAAGGAGGUAAGCUACAAGGAGGUAAGCUACAAGGAGGUAAGCCUCAAGGAGGUAAGCCACAAGGAGGUAAGCUACAAGGAGGUAAGCCACAAGGAAGUGAGGAUGAACCACCACGAGGGUGUAAAUCCCGUGGGUGUAAACCACGGUGUGGACUGCCCCUUUCUGUCUUUGGAUGCAAUCACUGAGCAGCAUCGACGAUUUGAGUCUAUACGCCUGGUGCAGGAGAUCCAUAGGACAUGUGCUUUUCUCGGCUUGGACUCAACCCUGGAAGCCCCGUACAUGGAUGUGGCCCUGCCGGAAGACCGGUGGUAUUUUACACACACGAGUGAAGACUUGAAUGAGUCUCCCACCUGCAGAGGCCUCUUGCAAAUCGAUUGGGGUCUCCAACUGCGGAAUGCGGAGCAACAACCCUCGGGUCUUUGUGCGAGACACCCGUGGCGGUUCAACAAUCAAAGGGAACAACCCGAAGGGGGGCAGCAGCUCGAAAUGGAUUUAUGUGACCAGGAGUUACCGGACAGGGAGGGGGAAGGACCGGAAAGAGAGCCACGGGAAAGACAACGAGCGGAGCAGCACGGUGAGGGGAGCAUUCCAGUGGCCCUUGAGGGCGUCCAAGCAGAAGGUAUGGAGUUCUUGAUGUCCAUUAUCCCUGAGUGCUUGUCUUUGUCCAGGUUGAGGUUACAUAACCAAACGGGAGAAGCGGAUGAACGGAACUUCGAACGCGAACGUCGGGGAGGACUACUACAUGAACUCCUUCGUUUAUACGAAACGAGAGAUGGGAGUCGGGAAUCGAGUCGGAAUCUGGAGCAAAAUCCGAGCCGGGAGGGUGUUGAGCAAAGUCAUCGAACCGGGACAGAAAAAUUAUAUCGUGAAACUCCCUACCCCUUGUUACCCCCGCGUAGGACGCGGUCUCUGUCGCUGCAGCAGAAGCGAAGUCCGUCAACGGUGAUCAUAGAUGUUGCCAAUGUCGGGAUCGGCUACGGCAAGCAGAAGUAUCGGACCAAAGUUUUUGACGUGCAAGGUGUUCUGAAGGCCGCCAAGGAGUGCACACGAUUGGGAUUAGUCCCGGUCUGCGUCGUGCCAGAAUACUACUUGAGUCCUCAGAUACAUGCAACCAAAAAUUCCGAUUUGCAACUACAGCUGUUGCGUGCCCAGGGUAUGCUGGAGGUAACUCCGAAUGGGGACUAUGAUGAUUCAUACAUGCUAUACUACGCCAUGAGACGCAGUCGAACUUGCAUUCUCAGCAAUGACAAAUUCCGCGAUCAGGUCCUACCUGUCGCCGAGAAGAUGUUUGAAGCUAUUUCUGUCAAUCAUCACGCUUGCCACACACUCCGAAAAUGCAAUAAAUGCUACGAUCUAUUUAAGAAGAAGGUUGAUUUCUGUCGCAAAUGGCUGAACCAACAUCUGAUCACAUACUGCUUUAUCGGUGACGAGUUCAUAAUCAACCCGGACUUUAAGUUCCCCGAAGGAUAG